AUGCUUGUGCUUAAAGGUCCUAAGGUUGAAACCCUGCUGAUGAUGCAGAUUAUAGCCUUUGAUGAGCUGAAGACUGAUUACAAGAAUCCCAUAGACCAAUGUAAUACACUCAAUCCUCUUGUACUUCCAGAGUACCUCAUCCAUGCAUUCUUCUGUGUUAUGUUUCUCUGUGCAGCAGAGUGGCUUACACUGGGUCUCAAUAUGCCUUUGUUGGCUUACCAUAUUUGGAGGUAUAUGAGCAGACCUGUGAUGAGUGGACCAGGUCUUUAUGAUCCUACAACCAUCAUGAAUGCAGAUAUUUUAGCAUAUUGUCAGAAGGAAGGAUGGUGCAAACUAGCAUUUUACCUCCUAUCAUUUUUUUACUACCUAUAUGGCAUGAUUUAUGUUUUGGUGAGCUCUUAAGAAGACUCUGCAAACUUGGUUCCAGUUAAGUGCAUGCAAAAGCCACAAAACAAAGGGAUUCUUUCCAACAAGAAUCUGUUACCAAGAUUAAACUAUGGAAUCUGAUGAUCACAGUUGCAUUAGGAAAAAAAACAAACGACUCCCCUAUUUUUUAAAUGUUUCCACACUUUAUACUUGUGGAAAGACUGUUUUCAUAUAUUUUGCUGGGACGUUGAAAUUAAAAAGAAUUAAGUGUAAAUUGAUAUUAAUUGAUUCUCUGGUUUUGAACAGUUUUGUCUUUGCGCUCCGUAAGGAACAGCCAUAGCUCUUCAAGUAGUUCUUAAUUACUGACGGUCCUUAGUAUCCUAGAAUUUUUUGUUUACAGGACGUUAUAGUGACUCACUUUGGACUUUUGAAACUCCAUUUAACUAUAAAUCAGCUGUAGCUAUGAAGUGCUUCUGAAGGACUGAAAGCUUUAUGUAUUUUCUCUGCAGAUAUCUUCACGGAUACACAUGUAGAAAGAGUAGUUCUGUUUUUUAUAUUUGGGUAUCUUUCCCUGUGUAUGCAUGGUUCUGAAACUUCCCGUAUUUCCACCAAACACUAAAUAUCCUUGCUUUAAUUUUCAAGCAUACGUUAUUGUGAUAGGAAACAUUGAGUUGUCUGUGAAGGAAUGAAUUUAAAAGAUUUUAUUUUUAAAUGUUUGUGCAACAGUCUUAUUAACCAAUUGGCUAAUAAUGCAAGAUUGAUCAAAUCCAGUGGUAAAAAUACUGCUCCUGUGGGUUUACAAGUCACACGAAAGACAUUUUCAAGACACAGUGAGAUUGAGAAACUGCCCUGCUGUUCCUUAGUGGAAUAAAUAAAAAUCUCAAAUUCAGAAAUGUUCA